UGUCUCUUCCAGCCUGUGCUUUCGCCGCCCAAAUGGUCUCGGCUGUGGCUACCGCGUGGUCGCCCGGCGGAGCAGGCUCGUCUUCGCCCCGUUGGUCCAGUCCGGUCAAUCAGACCGUCAAGCUCCAGGCCGGCGAGAAGCGCUCGUCUUCGGCCGUGGCCUAUGAUGAUCCGCCCGUGUCGGUCAAGCGUCGUCAUCGAGGCAAGCGGCAUAAAAGUAGCACCGGACCGCUGCCCCGCCCCAAUGUCUUACCUUCGCCGCCCAUGAACCGGGGUGGACCGCCCGCUUGUCCCGAGACACAUGAGCCUGAGGGUGGGUACAACUCUGAGGAUGAGUAUUCACACUUGGGAGUGAACAUGAGCGAAGAGGAAUGGCUAGAGAAGGAUCGUCGCUUUGAGCGAGUGGUUAAGAAGCAAGGCUACAUCAUCAAAUAUAUGGUCGAGGAUGGGAAUUGCUUGUUCCGAUCGGUGGCCGAUCAAGUGUAUGGUGACCAAGAGAUGCAUGCCUGCGUUCGCGACCAUUGUAUGGAUUACAUCUCUCAAAAUGCCGAUUACUAUUCGCAAUAUAUGACUGAGGACAUCGACAGCUACGUGGAGCGUAAACGCUACAGCGAGGUUCACGGCAACCAUUUGGAGAUCCAAGCUCUGAGUGAAAUGUACAAUCGACCAAUUCAUAUUUAUUGCUACAGCUUGGAACCGAUCAAUAUCUUCCAAAACUUUCAAAAAUCGGAGAAAAUUAACGUUCCAAUCCGACUUUGCUAUCAUCGCGCUUGUCAUUAUAACUCUCUCGUGGAUCCUCAUCAAGCUAGUAUUGGGAUCGGGUUGGGAUUGCCCGGGUUUCAGCCCGGAUUGGCGGAUCGCAAUUUGCUUGGACAAGCAUGCAAGGCCAGUGAAAACGAUCUGGUCGAGAAUACGAUGUUAGAAGAUAAACUGAAGGCCACAGAUUGGGAGGCCACCAACGAGGCUAUUGAGGAACAAGUAGCGCGGGAGUCUUAUUUGCAAUGGUUGCGCGACAACGAACGACGCAAUGGUUCCAAAAGCGCAUCCGCCUCGGCCACCGUCACUUCCGGAGACCUCCGCACUCCCAAAGGCAUGACAUCGCCCAAAGCUUCGUGCAGCAAACAAAUGGGCUCGCCCAAACACCACAGUAGCCUGCUUCACGCUGCAGUCGCUGGAGCAUCUGCGAACUCUCCUAAGGCGGGUUGCUCCACCCAAUGUGAAAGUCCGUUGCCUUGCACUUCGUCUCAAUCUAGUCAGACAGCCUUUGGCCAAUGUCCGGGCUCCACUUCCAAUGGAUCACUGAACUCGAGCGAAUCCUCGGAAGAAGCCACGUCCUCUGCUCCAAGCAAUGUCGGGCGUGACUAUGACGGGUUCCAACUUUUCGAAACGGCUAGCUUUCUUAGCGGGUUGCCGCCCAACAUGUUUGGGCUGGAAGAUUGGGCCGAGACUGAUGUAUUAACCCAGGUUCUAGCUGCAUCUCAACAGGAAUAUCUGGACUCCUUGAAACAGAAACAGGCCUCGGUCAACGAUAAUGGGAGCGAGACAGCUUGCUCUUCCUCUGCUCCUCCAUCUUCUUCUUCCUCCUCAUCCUCCUCAUCCGCUUCAUCAUCCAGUAAAGCUUCAACGUCGGCCAAGCCGUCUUAGUGUCGAGUGCCUCUUCAAAAGAAUAGUUCAAAAAUCGUUCCAAAGUGCACUCAAUGCAUAAAUCAACACCAUCGUCUAAGAAUAUAUAUCAUCCGUCUGCCACUCAACCAUUGGCCAGUACUUCUAGAACUUGAGUAGAUUCACCGCCACAUCCACCACCGCCGGUUUUUCAGCUGUGCAAUCAGCGCCAGUGUUCUUGGCGAGACGUCGAGGAUUUGAACAAAUCUCAUUUCGCACAAGAUUGAAGAGGAAGAGACUACAGUGUGGUCGGAGAAGAGAAAGAUACCAACCUUAAGUGCCAUUUGAAUCGAUCACUUUGAAUAAUUGUGAAGUGCGAGCGAACGCCAUUAAAUUGGGGGAAGAUGCUCGAAAGAAAUAUGUUCUCCUUCGGUUCAUCUUUUUUCUUAAAUUUCAUUUUCAUUCAAUUUCUAUCGUCAUUGAUUUUCUUCAAUCUUAGCUACACAGUUCGGCUUAAAAUAGAUUUUGGAAUGAA